AUGCGUACACCAACUCGAAAAGCGACCAUUAUUUUCGUUGGCAUCUUACUUUUAUUUUUAUUGUCUUUUGUUUCCGCAGAAAUAGAUAAAAGAGAUCCACAAGAAGCACCACCAAAAGAGCCAGAGGCUCCAGCAGAUGGCAAACAACCAGCUGAUAAUGGCAAUGGCAAACAACCAGGCAAUGGCAAACAACCAGCUGAUGAUGGCAAUGGCAAACAACCAGCUGAUGAUGGAAAUGCAAAACAACCAGCAGCUGAUGAACCAAAAGACCCAGAAGCAGGAGGAAAACAACCGGCUAAAGAUCCAGCUGAUGGAGGUAAACAACCAGCAGCGGGAGGUAAACAACCAGCGGCGGGAGGUAAACAACCAGCAGCGGGAGGUAAACAGCCUGCAGCAAAUGGAACGGAUGAAACACCACCAUAUGUUGACCCUUUAAUGCCAACAGUACAAAUUCAAAUAACUGAACCAAAAUCAGCAAAAACUAUAUUAUAUAAAAUAGGAUCAAAUAUUACAUUUGAAUGGAAAUAUAGUGCUAAUUUCAGUAUUAAACCAAAAUACCUUAUUGUUAAGGCGCAACCAAGUGUAAACCUAAAAACUUUUUAUACAAUAUCACAAAAUCUUACAGUUAAUGAAACGCAACAAGUGAUUUGGGAUACUUCUGCUGAAAGUUCUUCUUUACCUAUGUCUCAAUAUAAAUUAUUGAUUUCUGAUGAAGAAGGUAUGGAUGCGGCUCCUAAACCUGGUGGUCUUCAACCCUUUGCAAAUUUAAUAUUUGGCUUAUAUCAAUCACAAGAAGAUGAACCAUUUUCAUGUCCAAGCUGUAAUAAUAAUGCUGCUAAUUCAUUCCAAAUAAUUCCAUUAUUAAAUACUAUUGGUUUAACUCUAAUUACAAUCAUGUCAUUUAGUUUUAUACUGAUUUAA